GGAGAGACAGACAGACAGACGAACAGAGUCUCACACAGAUCCUCUCAGGACAGAACUGGUCUGCGGUUCAGCGGUUUUGUUUCCACAAUUUGUUUCGGUCAGACGGCGAGAGGAGGGAGACCAUCAUGGACGGCUCGGUGCCAGCAGACACUCAGGAGGCCGAGGGAGACGUAGCAGAUUGGAGAACCGUGCCGGAUCCAAAACAAGCCGGUUGGAUCUUUUCCCAAGAACUUCUGCACAAAAACAAAGAUUUAAAAAGCCUGUUUCUCAGUGUGGAUGUCAGACAUGACCCCAGCGAGCAGGACCGAGCUUUAGUCGCCUUCUACAAGAGAAACAAGGUCCAGUGGGCGUCGCCGCUUUACUGCAAGCUUCAAGGUGACGUUGCAACAGGAAGUGGAGUCGACCGUCACAUGAUGUCUACCGUGAUUUUCAAGCUUAUGAGUGGAUUCCAUCUAAGCUUCGGAGGUGCAGCGGUCACCAGACUCUUCGAAGGUGAGCCCGAUCACCUCGUCCCCUCAGGUUCUGACGAGCUGCUGUCCAGCGGCAUGUUCAGCGCCGCCGGGCGGAUGAUGGGUCACUCCUUCCUUCAUCACGGGCCGAGCUUCCCGGGACUCAGCCCGGCGGUUAUUCACGUUUUGUUCGGAGGCUCUCUGGAGACGGCUCCUGUGACGGUGCGGGACUGCCCCGACCUCGACGUCCGCGACGCCGUCACGAUGCUUGAUGGAGAAGGAGAAAUAGAAGAGUCUGUCCAUCAGCUCUGUCUGUCCUGGAAUCUGCCGGCACCAAAUGCCAGGAACAGGAAGAGGCUUUCUGACAGGCUCCUGCGGCGAGCUGUUAUCGAGCAAACAUGGAGUCAAACCAAUCAGCUCCGGAGAGGUUUACAGGAGACUGGAGUUUGGCCGCUGCUCACUCUCAGGAGAGACGUGAUCCCGGUGCUGUUUCCCAGGGAAUCAGACGCACAGGUCACACCGCAGGUGAUCUUGGACUGCAUCAUAUGGCCGUCGUCUCUGACCGUCUUCUUUGAGAGAUACGAAGAAUAUGAAGAGAGCGGCACUGAGGACGUGUGUCGGGUGUCUGGCUACUUGAAAACGUUCAUUGAAAAUGCUUCUGCGGCGGAGCUGAAGAGCCUGAUCAAGUUUUGGAUCGGAUGGGAGCUGCCUGCCAGGGAGAUGAAGGUUGAGAUAGUGGAGGCCUCGUUUCCCUCGGCUCUCACUUGUUUCGAGAAGCUGAGGCUUCCGAGACACCACAGGGCUUACGCCACGUUCCAUCAGGACCUGUGCGCCUGCAUCGCACACCACUCCAGUGGCUUUGGCCGAAGCUGAAAUGCAAACGUGAACUGUAAAGAACCUCUGAAUGUGAAACUGCUAAGUAUUUUGAAGAUACCGUUUUUGCUACUUGUCUUUCUCUGGACUGUUUGGUUCAUAAACACACAUUUUAUGCAUGAAGA